ACAUUGGAAGGUCACCUAUAUUUUCUUGUCUCCUCACAGGCAUGUUGUCAACUUUAGUAAUAAAAAUAUUACUAUGCAGUUUAUGGUGUACCAAAAGCUCUGCAAUAGUCAGCCUCACAUCUAGCCCAUUCUUUACAAUGGAGUCACUGAAUGAUACUAUAACUGAUGAGCCCAAACAAGCAUUUACUGUUCCUCUUGAUGUAGACCUUGAGGCAACUGAAACUGAUCCAGUCGCAGAUGGUGGGACACCAGUAAGUUCCCAGAUUGCUAUAACAUCGACAGUGACCCCUGUUUUAAACAACGUGACAGAUGGAGUGGAAAAUAAUAUUAAACAAAAGGAACUAUCUACAACAAGUAUUGAUCCUAUACAACCAAUUAGUUUGGAUGUAUUCAACAUGACUAUCACUGAGAGCGCUGUCACUGCGUUAGAUACGAUUUCCAAAGAGACUGGGAACAAUAGCACCUUAAUCCCAUUACUGGACACUAACAAAGCUGAUCCGUUUGAAGAACACUUAGGAUCCUUCUUGGAAAUACCAAUGGAAAACAAUACAGCAGAAAAACAGUGCUUCUGUAAUAUUCCCGGACCCGAAGGACAAAAGGGAGACAAAGGUGACACAGGGGAUCCAGGUCAACCUGGAAAAAAUGGUAAAAGAGGCCCCCACGGGUUAGAAGGAGUCAAGGGAGAAUAUGGUCUGCAAGGUCCUAAAGGUGAACCAGGAAGUAAAGGCGAUAAGGGAGGAGUAGGUCCCAUAGGUUUAAAAGGUGACCCAGGGGUCAGCUGUACUCUCUGCGAAGCAGUCGAACAUGUACUCUUUACUAAUGACAGUGCCAUAGGACUGCAAGGUAACAAAGGCGAACCAGGCUAUCAUGGUAUAAAAGGUGACAUGGGACCCAAGGGUGACCCUGGGGAAAAAGGGUCAAAGGGUAUUGAUGGUGUACCAGGAAGUCCUGGAGAAGUUGGACCAAAAGGAUCUAUGGGGCAAAGGGGUCCUAUUGGACUGAAAGGUGAUCAGGGAAAACCCGGAGGGAUGGGGUCCCCAGGCAAUCGUGGUCUACCAGGAUUACAAGGAAGAAAGGGGGAAAGAGGACAGAAAGGAGUCUGUGCAGAACACAUUGAAAACAUUGCAUUUUCCGUGGCUCUCAGAGGAAACAGGAAUAUUAUAUUGCCAGGACACCCAAUGAAGUUUGAUAAGGUUUUUGUUAAUGAUAAUAAAUCAUACAAUGUAAACACAGGCAUAUUUGUUGCCAGUAUUGAAGGUGUAUACUUUUUCACAUAUCAUAUAAGUUCAUCACAACCAUCUCUAGUUGUUGGCCUAGCUCACAAUGGUAAAGUCAUUGUACAGACGCAAGCCUGGCAGUCUGAGCAAAAUGUUUGUCAAGCAUCUGGAUCUGUGCUGCUUCAUCUUAGUGAAGACGAUGAGAUUUGGCUUCAAGUUUUAAGUGUUGCCCAAAAUGAAUUGAUUUCUGAUAAAUCCACCUCCCUCUUCUCAGGUUUUAUACUGUAUUCACUGGAAGACUAGUGUUACAGUGUAAGAGUUUGAAUGCUGUGCUUGAAUAUUUUUUACAUCUGAAUUGUUUAGUAAUACGUAGAAGCACAUUCUGCCACUAUUAAAAUAUAAAGAAAGAAAACACCAUAAUAUUCUAUUCUGUUAUUUAUAUGAAGCUUGAUGAGCAGCAUAGGGGUCAGUUUGACCUCCUUUUCAUCACACUAAUCACACACAAUUUUUGCAAAUCACAGCAGAAGGCCAUCCAGAUGUAUCAAAUGCUUUCCAGUGUGUGCUUUUACUAAUGUGACAAGUAUUUUCAAGAUUGAUAUUCAAAGUAAGAUACAACCUUAGAGUUGUAAUUAAGGUAUAGAAAUAUAUGCAAACAUUUAUUUGGCAAUUGUAAUGGAUGGUAAUGCAAUUACAUCUAUAUAUAGUUAUAUCCAGUAGGUGAUGUGUGAAUGUUUUGUAUCGAAUUACAUAACUACUAUUUCAGCAUGUUAUUAUAGAUGACAAAAAAAAAACACUACAUGUAAAUGUGAAUAAAUGACCUCAUAAGCAAUAAGGAAAUUUUUAUAUCAAUUGCACAGCGGCUGCUCCUACUUACUUUAAGA